AUGCAAAUCAUCAAUCCUUCAGCCGGCGGCCUCUACAAUGGCCUUUCACACGCAGUAUCCACGAUCUACCGGUUGGAAGGACUACGGACUCUAUGGCGAGGCAUGACGAGCGUGAUCGUGGGCGCAGGUCCCGCGCAUGCUGUCUAUUUUGGCACAUAUGAAAUCGUGAAGGAAUUCGCUGGUGGCAACAAAGCAGAUGGCAAACACCACCCGCUAGCCGCUGCGACGAGCGGAGCAUGUGCAACAAUCGCCAGCGAUGCUCUAAUGAACCCCUUCGACGUAGUGAUCAAACAGCGGAUGCAGGUGCAUGGCUCAACUUAUCGAUCACUGACCCAUUGCGCACGAUCAGUGUUCCGAGCGGAGGGUCUAGUAGCAUUCUACGUUUCAUAUCCGACAACAUUAUGUAUGACGGUGCCAUUCACAGCUACUCAAUUCAUGGCCUACGAGUCAUUGUCCAAGGUUAUGAACCCUCGGAAAGAUUACGACCCUAUUACACAUUGCGUGGCUGGCGGCUUGGCCGGAGCAUUUGCUGCUGGAAUCACCACCCCCCUCGACGUGAUCAAGACAUUACUUCAGACAAGAGGGAUGAGUCAACAAGACGAGAUUCGGAAUGUGCGAGGCUUGUUCCACGCAGCAAGCAUCAUCAAAAAGGAGUUUGGAUGGAGUGGCUUUAUGAGGGGUUGGCGGCCCAGGAUAAUCACCACUAUGCCAAGCACCGCCAUUUGCUGGUCUUCGUAUGAAAUGGCAAAGGCAUAUUUCAAGCGGACGUUACGUGAGGAGCAUAAUGCGCAAACGAGCAAAUUGUGA